AUGAGGCUGCUUUUCGCUGCUUUCGCUGUCCUUUUCGGCGGAACCUGGCCUGUUUCCGCUGACGGUUUGAACGUCCGCGCCCAGCGUAAUGGACUGAAGUACUUUGGAAGCCAAGUUUCCACAGCUGUCCUCAAUGACGCGGCGGCAAAUGCCAUUGCCAUACGCAACCAGGACUUCGGCACGUACACGUGCGAAUAUGAGCAAAAGUUCGCCAACACUGAGCCGAGUCGGGACUCAUUCAGUUAUACGCUAUCUGACCGCAUUGUAAAUCAAGCUCUUAGAAACGGUAUAGUCAUGCGGUGCCAUAACCUAAUCUGGCACAAGAAUGUUCCGAGCUGGGUCACCAAUGGCAACUUUGACAACUCUACGAUUAUUGCAAUUAUCCAGAAUCAUAUCGCAAACGUUGUCACGCAUUUCAAAGGCAAAUGCUACGCCUGGGAUGUCGUCAAUGAGGCUAUCGACGCGGACGGAACGUUUCGCGGACAGAAGUCCUCUUCUGAUUCCGUCUGGUACUCAAAAGUCGGCCCAGCUUUCAUUCCCAUAGCAUUCGCCGCCGCGGCUGCCGCGGACCCGUCUGCAAGACUUUAUUACAACGAUUAUAAUAUCGAGUAUCCCUCGAUAAAGACAACCGCAGUCAUCAACCUUGUCAAGAGUAUUCAAGAGUAUGGCGCCAAGAUUGAUGGUGUCGGUCUGCAGGGCCACUUCAACACGGGUGAACUCCCGUCCUCUGCAAGGCUAGUCUCGACGCUGACGUCCUUCGCUGCUCUGGGCGUCGAUGUCGCCUACACUGAGCUCGACCUCGGUACGCCUACCAGCAGUCCAGACUAUGCUCAGCAGGCAUUGGACUUCGCCACUGUCGUAAGAGCCUGCAAGCAAGUUUCUCGUUGCGUUGGGAUCACUACUUGGGGCUUCACGGACAGAUACACUUACAGGACUGCCGAAUUGCCGGACCUGUGGGAUACCGCCUUGCAGAAGAAACAAGCCUAUUACAGCACGUUGGCAGCACUGGGUCCUGACCCACUAGUGGAUGUUUGUGGUUGUGCUGAGUUCUAG